AUAAAACCUUUAUUGUUAAAUUUGUUAUUUUAGUGUAGUCAGCAAACAGCCAAUGUCAAAAAGCUUCUGUUUUACUUGUGAAGAUUUUUUUUCUGCGUUGUUGGUUUCGGAGGGAUGAUCUAGAAGCAACAGCUGUAAGAAGAUAACAAAUAUAAUAAGGGAGACCAAGAUUAAAAUCAACAGUAUCACUUUAGCAACUGGCUGUUUGUGGCAUUAAUUUAUCAAUAUCAUGGAUGAACCAGAAUAUAAUUACAACGAACAAGAUACAAUUGAUACAAUGCAUAUGGAGGAUGAAGAAGAGGAGAUGGUUGGUGAGUUUGUAGAAGAUUACGAAGAAGGUGUUAUGGAACCGACAUUGGAUACAGACAUAUCAGAAGGUGGGCUGGAAGAUGAAUCUGAAAUUGUAGAUGAAUUAGAAGAUGAACUAAUUGAAGGAAUUGUCAAUGAGAAAGAGCAAACUAGUAACGUUUCGAUUACCGAUGUUCAGGAGGGCUUGAACUUAAGGACACAGCUUGUUGAGGAACCUUUAGUAUUAGAAACUCCACCGCCCUCCAAUGAACCAUCAGUUGAACUAAAUUACAUUUCAAUGGGUACGAGCCCCAUGCACUCCGAAUUGAGUAUUCAAAAAGACGUCAAUGAAGAGCGUCCAAUUGGACCAAUUGGUCCUCACAAAAUAAAGUCAGCAUCUGAAGUGUUUUUUGACGAUGUGAAAGUCAAAUUUUGUAUGGUCGAUGAUAUCGAAAGAGCAAUUGAAAUAGAUUUAAACAGUGGCUUAACUGUAAAAGAGGCGUUAAAGGAGUUGGGCAAGCAUGUUCACAAAGAUGCAAGCGAUAUGACUCUUUAUUCAUUUUACACAAGGAAAAAAAUGCACCAUCGUGACUUAUUGGCAAAGUAUUUGAUGCCAGAACAAGACAAGUUGAUAACCCGAGUUUUCUUAACGUACGAUGAUAGUUCAGAAGGGAGUACUGUAAUACCAGAAGAGUACGAACCCGACUUAAGAAUUCAAAAAGUAUUGGUUCACAAACCUGACGGUAGCAAGAAAUACCUUGAAGUUCUGAUCCAUAACAUAGCCUACACUAAAGAAUGGUGCGGUGGUUUCAGGAAUAAAAAAACUGGCAUUGAAUAUUACAAUACUUGGACACAAACUAAUCCGUUAGAACGAGGGAGAGGAUUACCACCAGGGAUGUGGCCUCCAACGUUAUACACAAGAGAGACACAGACGCAUCUUCCAUAUGUAACGUCUGACAUGAACACUCCUUACGAAAAGAGCACUCAGGUGUGGAGGAAAGAUUCUUACAUCCCUUCAUCGAGCGAUAAAAUUUUAGACGUUAGACCAUACGUUUGUUACGAUGAAUUGUACAAAACAUUGACACCUUAUCAGGCUGUUUUAAUUUUGCAAAGAUUCUUCAGAUAUUGCCUAGCCAAAUCGAGAUUAAAGAAAGCAGUGAGCAUAGCAUCUGAACAAAACAAAGCCGCAGUUAAUUUCAAAGGGGUGCUGAAUGAAGAAAUCCAUAGAGAUAGAAUGGCAUUGUUGAUUAAAGAAACUUUCCCAUUGAAUAGAGGCGAUUUUUACGAUUUGUACACAAUCUUGGGAAUCUGGAAGCAGAAGGAAUUGCAAAACAUUAAAGAAACGACAGAAGGGAUUUCUAGGAAGGCUGCAAUAGCAGAGUUGCUUGAUAAAGAAAUUCAAUGUCUCUACAAUAUUGAGAAUCAAAGGAUAAAAAGCAAAACUGAAAGCAUGAGGCGAAUAGACAUGAGAGUGUUACAAAAUUCUGCGAGAUACGAGGUAACACGCUACAGAAAAGGCAAUUUAACAAUUAUAGACACUUUGGCAACUCAGAGAGCAAACGAAUUUAAAGAAAUAUUUUCCGCCUACCAAACCCUAGAUCUAACUAAAGAAGAGAGGAUUGAUAUUUUAACAACUUGGAAAAUUAUGCUAUCAAAACUUGAAGGAUUAGAUGUAACUAAAGACAUAAUUGAGCUGCUAGAUAGGGAGACCGAUUUACUACUUCUUGACAUUCCAAACAAUAAAUUGGUCGGCUUAAGAAAAAGAGUCGAAUCUUUAUUUUUCAAUAUGAUCAAAAGCCCUGAAUUCAAUACACAAGUUCUUAAUUUGACAAAAUCAAAUGAAUCUCGCCUAAAACAACCUUUAUACAAAUGCAAAGGAUGUGGAAAAGUUAAAAGCCCAGCAUAUUUUUUCUCCCAUCUCAGGCUUCUUUCAUUUCAUUUCUGUAUGUCUUGUUCUUGGAUGCACACCACUGCCAAUGCUACUAUCAACUUGGCACCUUACACAAGACUUUUAAAUAUGUUAAGGGCUUCUGAAACUAUGAAAUGCUGCCGAAGUUCGGUAGUAUUCUUACUCCAACCUAUGGGUAUGUAUUACAUAAUGAAUGUCAUAUGGCAAGGUCAAUCAGCCCUAAGUGGAACUUCAUAUUUACCCGAACUAAGAAUGACUAGAUGGAAUAGACAAGAGGAAUGGGCUCCUUGGAAUACAAUUCUUCUCACUGAAGCUGAAGCGACUGUUCACGACGCAUUAGACGACUUGCAAAAGUUUUACACAAGAUGGUUUAUACUUCAGGUCAAAAACAAACAUAUACUCGCCAGGAUGCACUUCAGUAAAGUAUACACUACUGAUCUUGAAUUACGUGAAUCUGGUAAAUGGACAUCAGUCAAAGACGAAGGAUUUUACACUAGCCGAAGACACACUGAAAAUCUGGGCAAAGAUUGUAUCAAUGAUUUUUUUAAAUCACCUCACGGAUUGAACUAUGUUGACACCUAUGAGGAACCCUCUGGAGCUAAAACUAUGGUAUCUACUGGUGUUUAAAAUAUCAUUGUU